ACGACACGGGGAAAGGAGGUGCAGCUUUGCCACGUCGGUCUCUGUGCAACGCAUUUACACUGUUGCUCCUCCAUCCCUGGGUUAACUUUUGGAGCCGUUUAACAGCUCUGUCCGGAGGGAAAGCGACCCCUCGGCGUUCCCGGUGCCGUCGUAGCUCGUCGCCACAUCAGUGCAGUCGGUGAAAUUGAAGCUGGAAGGCGGAAAAAUGCUCGGUGCUGUCUGGACUCGUCACACAACUGACUGAUGCAUCCUCGUUCAGUUCAGCCCCCCGCAUGUUGUCGAUGUUGUAGGCCUGGCUCUACAUGGUGGCUUAUUGAGGAGAAGGGUAGGAGUCCCAGUGGCUUUUGGUUGGUGGGCGCCGUCCGUGGUUGCCACGGUAACUGGCGACCAUGCCAGGAGGCCGCAGGGGUCCCAGCAGACAGCAGCUAAGUCGCUCCGCUCUGCCGUCCCUGCAGACUCUGGUUGGAGGCAACCUCGGCAAUGGUACUGGCCUCAGGAACAGGAGCAGUAACUCAGUGGGUUUGUCUGCCCCGCCUCUAUCAGCCCUCAUCACUCCGGAGCCGGUUCGUCACUCGAGGAUCCCAGAGCUGCCGUUGGACAGCAGCCUGCUGUUUGAGUUCCUGCUCUUUCUCUAUUUGCUGGUGGCCUUGUUUGUCCAGUACAUCAAUAUCUACAGGACGGUCUGGUGGUACCCGUACAGCCACCCCGCUGCCUCUACCUCGCUUAACUUCCAUCUAAUGGACUACCACCUGGCAAUCUUCAUCACAGUCAUGUUGGCCAGGAGGCUUGUUUGGACAGUUGUUUCAGAGGUGUCUCAGAGCAGUGGGGGAUCGUUGUUCCGCUAUGUGGUCCUUAUUGCAGCCCGGCUCAGCCUGCUGACCAUGUGUGGCUGGGUGCUCUGCUGGACGCUGGUCAACCUCUGCAAAAACCACUCUGUGCUCAACCUCCUCUUCCUGGGAUACCCAUUUGGUGUGUACGUCCCACUGUGCUGUUUCCAUCAGGAGGGAGGGAAAAGUCAAACUGCUCCGGCCGACUGCGAUUACCCAGCCGACCACCAGCAGACCGACCUAACAGAGACCCCGUUCUUUCGACCACGUGACUUCCUCUUCCUGUUACGGGAGAACCUCAGAGAGCAGUUUUCCAGCCCUCCGCACAUGCCGACUCACACCUGCCCACCACACACACACUCACACACACCAGAGCUGAUUCGAGCCGAGGUGGAGGAGCUCAAGAGCGACUUUAACCGGCGAAUAAAGGAAGUGCUGUUCAACUCGCUGUUCAGUGCAUAUUAUGUUGCCUUCCUGCCUCUCUGCUUCGUCAAGAGCACCCAGUACUAUGACAUGCGCUGGUCAUGUGAGCACCUCAUCAUGGUGUGGAUUAAUGCAUUUGUGAUGCUCAUGAGCCAGCUGCUGCCUCCCAGCUACUGCGACUUGCUUCAUCGCUCGGCGGCUCACCUGGGCCGCUGGCAGAAGCUGGAGCAUGGCACGUACAGUAACGCACCACAGCAUGUGUGGUCAGAAAGCACCAUUUGGCCUCACGGGGUGUUGGUACGACACAGUCGAUGUCUAUAUAAGGCAGUCGGACCCUAUAAUGUCGCUCUGCCCUCUGAUGUCUCCCAUGCAAGGUUUUAUUUCCUGUUCCACAAGCCAUUGCGGAUCCUCAACCUGCUGAUCUGGAUCGAGUCCAGUGUGGUUUUGUACCAGUUAUACUCUCUGUUGCGCUCCGAGCGCUGGAACCACACACUGUCUCUGGGCCUUAUUCUCUUCUGCAACUACUAUGUCCUUUUCAAACUACUCCGAGACCGCAUUGUACUGGGCAAAGCCUAUUCGUACCCUCUGCCCUCCAACAGUUUGGGGCUCAAGUCGCAGUAAAGGUUCGGCACAGCGAGACCUCAAAUACAAACUCUGGAUGUGGAGGGGAGAUGGCGGGAGGUCUGGUAAUGUGGAAGACACUCGGAGGUUAAGGGACAGACUGUGAACUCAUAAUUGUGUUUUGAUACGGUUCUAUUUUUAAUGCAAUGUUUAUAUAUACCUAUUUAAAAAAAUAUUUUUAUUUUGUAUACUAUUUCGAGUUACACCGGGCAUUACCACGCUGAUGACAUUAGCAUUUUGUGUUAUGUUGUUGCUAGGCGUCAGGGAAGUCAGGGAAUGCCAGGAGGUGACUUUCACCAAAGAUAUUUUAAGUGCAGGAGGCCAAUCACAGAGUGGACUCGGCCUCUGACAGUCAGUUAGACUAGUUGAGCAAUUCAGAGGAGAGGAUGGAGUCGUGCCUGAGAUCCUGAUUUCUGAUUGUCCCAUAAUCUACUUCGGCCUUGAAUCUUAAAUUUGGAACCAGUCGCUUUUUGGGGUAGCAGGACGAUUUGAUCACUUCACCAGUGCUGCAGCCAUUAAUGUUGUUUGUCUCUUCUGUUGAAGAAACAGUUUGUCAUUUAGUGAAAUGUGUUUUUCUCCUUUUGGGCAGUGAUUAGGGGAUCAGUACCACUCAUUUCUCAAGCUUAGAUUUAAGACUGCAAACAGGAAAUCUGGAAAAAUCGACCAAAUCAACCAGCACCUCUAAAGCUCGUAGAUUAACAUUUUAUAUUUUCAAAAUGUAACAGCAACAAUUGUUUGACCAAUCAGCAGAAACUACCUAACAAAAAAUAGUCCAGAACAUAACCCACUAUAAAACAGAAAGUUGUCAUUUCCAAUUUUUAGUUUUUGAGCAGAAUAAACUCCAUAUAUUACAUUAACUAAUGAGCUUUAGAGGUCCUUUUCAGUGAAUUUUGUUCCUGUUUGUUUAAACAGAAUUGACCAGGGUCAUACUAGCCUUUUUUCUGUUUCCUCUCUUAAGCUAAGCUAAGCUUAUAGCUGGUUGUAGCUUCACACUUACCGAAGACACAAAAAGGUGAGAGAAUUACACAGAUUUUUGGACUGUUCCUUUAAGUGGAGGGUCAGUGUGAAUUCGAUAACCAACCAGUUAUUGAAUUAAACUUUGGUGCAAACUAGUCUGUCUUGUAGACUGUCCUGUCUACCAUCUCUGCAGAGAUGUGCUGUUUUCUUCUUACUCACCUUAUUAAUGUCUUUAUACUGUCACCAUCUGCAUCAUUGGCUAUCUGAAGGGGCAGACACUAUUGGCGUCCUUAAACUCAAAUCACACCCAAAACUGUAAAAAUCAUAGACUGUAGAUAAAGAUGUAUAUAGCCUCUGGGUCUGAAAGUGACUUAAACCUACAUUACUGUGAAUGACCAGCAGGGGGUGAGUCUGUUUGUAUAGUAGUCUAUUAGAAAAUGAUGCUACAUCUUGAUUUAUUACCUAAAUAUUUUCAGUCUUGUUCAGUGCAGCUUGGUGUUCAUUUUGUGAAUUGUGGAAACGUUUAGGGUAAAAUAGAAGAUAAAGCAGGGUAUUGUUGAGGGCUACCUUGUGUUUGACAAGUCACUGCUGUAUGGAUGUGAGUAAUGUCGUCAAGUUCUCAGUCAGAUCCACCCCUUGCUGGUCAUGUCAGGUUUUAGAAGACAAAAAUGGCAAAAGCCAAAUUCCAAACUUAAGGAUUCAAAACAAUAGUCCAUGAAGCAAUGAGCAAUGUCAUGGCGGUUAUGUGCAUCUUUUCUAUACAGUCUGUGUUAAAACUAAGCCCUGCAUUUCCUGGUUAUAGUUACUUAAAAAGUAAAAUCUGAAUAGCGGCUGCUGUAAGCAGAUGUUUAUUAAAGUCAAGACUAAUUUUGACAUGCUUAACUCUUUCUGCUAUAAUAUAGCGAUAAACUUUGUGCUUUUAAAGUUUCUUUCAGUCACUUUUUAUUCAACCCUUUUUAAACUUCCAGAUUGUCAAAUAAUGCUGCUUUGCUACUGGCAUCUGAGUGGUUUCCUUUGUCAUUGGUGCCACCUGCAACAAUAUUUGAUUCCAAUAUGUACAUUAUGUGCCUCAGCAGGAGACAGUGUAAGUCACACUGUUCCCUAAGGAAACUAUGGUUUGUGUCCUGUGUCAGACUAUUAUUUUUCACUUAGUUUCAUUUUGACUUAAAUCUCAUCAUCACUUGCUGUUUACUUUUGUUUACAUUUGCUAUUUGGUUAUGUUAGGUAUAAAAACUACUUGUUUGAGGUUAGGUAAAGAUCUUAAUUUUGUUAUCUGAAGAAGGGCAAAUAGCAAAGAACAUUUUUCUGUUGACCCAUGGUGUCUAUUUCUUAGAAUCAAAGAUUUUUACUGGUCUGUGUGACUGCAGAGUGCAUUCAAAUGUAACACCAACAUGUCCUUGCAAAGCAGCACUAUGUGACAAAUCUGGAGUAAGAUUGGGCUCCUUUUUAAUUUCUGAAUGUUUAAACCAUAAUGAGAUUUAAUAAUACUGCAUCACAUAAGGUCCUCUUUGUGGCUUGGAUGCAGAUAACAAAAGGAAUGUGGCUAAUGAUGAAGUUUCCUGCUGGUGCAUCCCAAGACCUAACCCCUGUUCCACUGCAAAUAUUGUCAUCACGCUCUCAUAUGGAGGUGACAGCAGAGGAUGUUUAACAGUUUUCAUGGGUGAUGAAUGCAAAAUCAAAUGGUGACGACAGCUGGAGGGGAAAGACUGUAUGUGUCACCUCAUUACCGGUUCAUGUAUUCUCAGUUACCAAAAUGGUGUUAAAAGCAGGUUGCCUUGCAUGCUGUUGCCUUUCUGUAUAGUCACACUUCUUUACCCUUCAGUGGUUUUCUCUUUAAGAGUCCCCUCUACAAUAAAAUCUACAGUUGGUGCAAAACUUCAGGCAGUGUUAAAGAUUAGUGUCAGGGUCUGAUUAACUGUCCCGAUUUCAGACAGAAAUCCAUAAAACAUAAACACAGGAGAUGUAUCUGAGAAUCAAUCUUUCCUAUGCUGUCGUGGCUUUCACAUUAACUGCCUCAGUCAAGUUUCAGGUUGUGUGAAUGAGUGGGAGGAAACCAGUGAAUACGUCUGGACAAGUCUGAGGAGGCUUUGAUUAAACUCAAAUGCCAUCCACGUGCCAGUUUGUUUGCAAACUUAACCCUCGAGUCAGCUCUUUGGUGCUUAUGUCCUGUUUUCAGUCAUUUUCUACUUGAAUGUAGCAAAUUUUGAAUUGUUGUUAACUUGCAUUGGCAUGUUUUUUUUUUUCUGCUGGGGGUACUGGCCUUGAAUUGGACACCAUCACUGGAAUAUCAGUAACACAGAAAUGACACAUUUUAUAGUUUGCUUUAAAUCCGGCUUCUACGUCUGUUCUUACUUGAAUGAUAAAUCUUUGCUCCAGUGUGCUCUGCUUUUUUUGGGUUUGUGAAAUCAAUGAAAUAACAACUAAAGAGAAGAAAUGGGGAAGGAGACUUAGAAAGAUUUAAAUUCAUGUCCUCUUGAUUGCGUUGCCCUGAAGUGUACUUGAUCAUCCUUAAGCCAACAUAAAAUCUAGAGAGGCGAUAAAAGUGAAAAUGAUGAUGAUGAUCUGUGGCUAAUUUGUGGCUAAUUUUUUUUUUCUUGUGCCAUAUCCCCAAAUCCAUUUUCAGACUCCUAGUUGAAUCUGUUCAGUGUGUCGGUGCUGGAGAAAUCAGGGGAGCUGGUCCUCACAUUUCGGCUUUUUACAGUGUUCGGUUUCCCCACAGCAUUUCUGAAUAUUCUUUUUGACAUCUGAAAUAAAACAAAUGGUGUUUAAACCGA